AUGACGUACAGCAAGUUCCACCUCGCAUUGCUCAAGCCUGUCGUCCUUCAGAUCUUGCGCGCGACCGGCUACUACACCACCAAGCCAUCCGUUCUCGAGGCCCUGACCGAGCUUGUCGCCGAUUACAUCUUCAACACCGCCGUCGCAGCACGCAAGGCCAUGGAACACAACCACCCCGAGUCUCCCGAAAUGACCCUGCCCGACCUCAGGAUAGGUCUCGAGUACAUGGGCGCCUUCAACCACGACGAGAACAAGAGGGAGGACCGCGACUUCGACGGCGACAAAGGGCUGCGUGGCAUCCAUGACUUCAAGGCCUGGUUCGACGGGAAGCACAACUCCAGACUCACCCGUAUCGCCGAAGCUUUCCAGCAGAGUGGUGUUCUGCUCGAAGCCCCUCCCCUUGAAGAAGGCCCUCAAAAGGUCGAGCGACCGCCCAUCGACUACCUCAGCCAGCUGAAGCAGAAGCACAGCAAGAACGACGACUCCAGAUAUGCUAGCACCAUCUUGGGGAAGCCAUUCGAUCAUGGUGAGGUCCUGGUAGAGGGCGGCCCCGUCUCCAGCAUCGACGAGUGGUGUGGCAUGAUGUUCGAGCGCAACAUGCGUCCACGGUCACCCACGCCCGACUCUCGACCGCCGAGCUCCGGGCUCAGCUCGCUGGAUGACGGCGACGUCGAAAUGAUGGACCUGUGA